AGAGGGUGGCAGUGAUGGACCUGGGAGAGAGGCAUUUGUCCCAGGCAGAUGAAGAAUGGCACGGCAGAAGGGGCACAGACACACGAGUCCCCUGCUCACAGAGGAAAUUGCAAUGAGCCCAGACAGCUGAGAAAGCUCAGUGGGGAAGAAGCCGCUGAGCUCGCCAAUGGGCAGCACGGGGUGUGCAGCAGAGCUGGCGAUUGCAGCUGCGGAGGUGAGGAGUGCAGUGCGAGCUGAGCGGGAAGAGCCCCUUGCCAUGGCUGAGGCCGCAGAGGCACGGAAUGCUCCGAAUGCCAGUGGCUGAGGGAGCCACGGCGGCUGCUGCUGGACGAGCGAGAAACGCAGCAGGAGCAUUUCAGGCACGGCAAGGACAGGCCAUUGCUCUGCCUGCUGCCGCUGCUGCUCCCGCUGCUCCCGCACACAGUCGUUUCCGGCACCUCUGUUCUCUCGCCGCUGCGACGUGCUUUCUGCCUCUUCCUCACUCAGCAAACACGCAGCUUGCUCUCGCCAUGCACCUCGCACAUCUCAUCCUCACCGUCUUCCUGGCACAGCUCCUGGUGGCUUCAGGCAGAGCCCAGGUGCUGCAGGAGCCAUUCCUGGAGACCACCGAGGGCAUCGGAAUAAACAUCAGCUGCUCCCACCCCAGCAAACUGAGCGGCGAUUACAUCCAUUUCUACCGUCAGCUCCCGGGCCAAAGCCCCGAACUCCUGGCACUCGCUGCUAGAAAUUCCAAGGAUGUGCCGGACAUAGCAGGAAAGUUGUCAGUGUCAGCGGACGGGCAGAGCAACGCGCUGUGGCUCGGGCAACCCCGGCGCCGGGACGCGGCCGUGUAUUACUGCGCGCUGGUGGCACGGGCAGAGGAGCCGGGGCUGCGGCCGGGCACGAACCGGGGCGGGCGGGGCCCGCAGGGGCCGGGGGCACAGCGCCGCCCGCUGCCAGCAGGGGGCGCUGCCGCUCCGCCCGCCGGGCCCCAGGCGGCUCCGCAGCUCCUUCAGUGCCCCGAGCCCGCGCACAGCGACAGCGCCCAGCCCGCCACGCACAGGACACUGAUUGACAUUGCAUGUGUUAUAGAGAGGAAGGCUAUUUCCUGA